AUGGAACAAGAAUAUCAAUAUUAUUGCAUCGAAACUUCCGGUGAGGUUGUCAAGGUUCUGAUCAAGGACGGAAUGUAUGUAAAAGAAGGACAACCUAUGUUUGUCAUCAAGACUCAAAUCCUAUCCCGUUACGCCCCCAAGCCAUUGUCUGACGAAUUCCAAAAAUCUAUGUAUAAGAAGUCUAUCGAAAGCCUCUCGCAUUUUCCCCCUGAUGUUUUUCCAAAUGUUGACAAGAUUUUUGAGCCCGAGGAACAACACAUUGCUAGCAGCAGCCUAAUAAUGGCUGAUGAUGAUGAUGACGUGAUGAAAAGAUAUGCAAAUUUCAAAAAGUUUGAUAUCGUCAAGGACCAUUCCGAUCAUCUUUUUUCAUCGUACACUUGUGCAAUGAAACAUGUAAGUACCACUAUCAAGCAAGAGCGGAGGAUUCUUGAGCAACACUUGCCUCGGACUAUUUUUGUGAGGGCUUGUGAAUCGAGGAUGGAUCUUCUAAGAGCUGUGAUUAUCGGACCAGAGGGGACACCUUAUCAUCACGGUCUCUUCUUCUUUGACGUCUUCUUCCCAAAUAAAUAUCCUUAUAUCCCGCCUCUUGUUCGCUAUCACUCUAUUGGUCUUUGUAUCAGUCCAAAUAUGAACAUGUGUGGUGAAGUAUGCUUUAGCCUUCUCGAUACAGAUGUCAGAGAAGAAAAUUUGUGGGUGCCCGGCACAACGAUGCUCCAACUUCUGGUCUCCAUACAGGAUCUAAUUUUCAACACAAAGCCUUACUUUAGUGGAAUUGCAAAUGCAAUGACAGCCAGGGAAUACCUUUCGUUACUAUAUAACGAGAACACCAUUAUAAAAUCACUCAAAAUAAUGGUACAUACCAUGAACAAGCCACCCAAGAACUUUGAGGAUUUUGUAGUUGGCCACUUUCGUACGCGUGUAGGUGAUAUCAAAAUGGCAUGUAAAGCUUACAUGGAAGGGCUGCAACUUGGCUGUCUUGUUAGUGAUGUCACCUGCUCAAUCGAGUUCAAAAAUGAUGUGGCGUCUUGCAUCAAGUCCCUUUUAGAUGGAUUUGACAAAAUCGGAGCAAAGGGCGCUCAGGAAUUCCUUUCUCUAAUUGAAAAGCGGAGUAUUAUGGAUGAUGAACCUACCAAUUAUGCGCUGGACAAAAAGAGGAAGUUGCAAGACAUUGAAACAGGUCAUGGUCCAGACGAUCAUUAUGUGCCUUGGUCAUGGACCGUCACAGCUUACACUCCUUGUUUGGUUACUAAGGUUCUGGUCAAGGAAGGGAUGAAAGUCAAAGCACAACAACCUGUUUGUCAAUGA